AUGUCGCAGACUACAAGCUCAGUGGCGUCUUUGCACGAGGAAAAGUCACGACUUCCCCAAUCCGAUGUCGAACAACCGCCAGCACCAGUCGACGAAAAGCAACUCGACACGACCGAGCCUACAGCGGUCGUGAGCCCAUUCCAUCCUAGUCAAUUUCCUGAUGGCGGAAGAGACGCCUAUCUGUGUCUCCUCGGAGGCUUUUGCUGUCUCUUCUGCUCAUUUGGAUGGCUAAACUGCGUCGGAGUGUUCCAAAGUUACUACCAGCGGAAUCAGCUCAGCGCGUACUCGCCGUCUACCGUCGCCUGGAUCGCUUCCCUCGAAAUCUUCGUCAUGUUUGCGCCUGGACCUAUCGUCGGUUUCCUCUACGACAACUACGGCCCCAAGUACAUAUUAUUGUUCGGUACUUUGUUCCACGUGCUUGGUCUAAUGAUGACCAGCCUAUGCACCGAGUACUGGCAAUUUAUCCUCGCCCAAGGAAUCUGCAGCCCUCUAGGUCUGAACUGUAUCUUUCAGGCAGGAACGAGCACCAUUCCUACAUGGUUUCUGAAGAAGAGAGGCCUGGCAUACGGGGUCAUGGCAGCUGGCAGUGGACUAGGCGGCAUCAUCUUUCCUAUCAUGGCAACACACCUCAUCCCCGAAAUCGGCUAUGGCUGGACAAUGAGAACAUUUGGCUUCCUCAUCCUGGGCAUGAUGGCUAUCGCUUUCCUCACCGUCAAAUCUCGCCUACCACCACAACCCAGAACCUUUCAGUUCAAGGUAUUUGUGGAGCCUUUUGGGGACAUUCGCUUCGUCUUGCUGACGAUUGCGUCAUUUUUGUUCUUCAUGGGACUGUUUAUACCCAUUAACUUCAUCGAAGUUCAAGCGAUGGCCGCUGGAAUGUCGACUACCUUGGCUGGAUAUCUUCUGGCUAUUCUCAACGCCGCUAGUAUCUUCGGUCGCAUCAUUCCCGGUGCCCUCGCGGACAAGGUUGGCAAGUUUAAUAUGCAGUCACUCUGGUGCCUCGUAGCUGGCAUUCUGGUCCUUGCCCUGGCUAUCCCCGCAUCAAGUAACGCGGCAUUCAUUACAUUCGCCGGCCUCUACGGAUUCGCUUCCGGUGCUUUCGUGUCACUGUUGCCUGCCCAGAUCGCCUAUAUUUCCAAGGUCGAACAGAUUGGGAUCCGUGUUGGUGUUGUCUUCGCCUGCAUCUCAAUUGCGGGUUUGAUCGGUAAUCCAAUUGCAGGAGCUAUCGUCGUCCAAAACAAUGGAAAGUACUGGGGGCUGAACGUCUUCUCUGGUGUCAUGAUGAUGGCGGGAGCAAGCAUGUAUAUACUGACGAGAAUGUAUAUUGCAGGAUGGAAGGUGCUUGCACUAGUAUAG